AUGGAUCUGGAUGAGAAUGAUGAGGAUAAGGGCAAGGACGGUGAGAAAGCGACGGAAGCAGAUGCAAUCCAGCAACCGAUCACUCAGCUGUGCGUCGAUGCACUGGCUGCGCGUGGACGCCUUCAUGAGCAAGCGCGUGCUGCAGGCUCAGGCAAACUGGCCACCCUGGAAGAUAUGGAGGUGAAAAAUCAGCCUCGAUAUAUCGGUUUUCUGAAGCAGUUCAUGGUCACAUGUCCCCCACCGGGGCGCGGAAAACCCUCCAACAAGUUCGAUUUCGCGGUGUUGGACUACGAGGAAGCGGCUGGCGUGCGAACAUCCGACAUCCACGAAUUAAUGGAGUUGUGCGAAGAGGACUUCAUCACCUACUUCAGCAAAACUGCCCCCGCCUACCAGCGUUUGACAGAACAGGGCGCCCAGAUCAAAUGGAAGAACGACUUCAAGGAGAAAAAAUACCACCGAGAACAACGUGAUGUUCUGGACGAGUAUGGGCGAGAGUCUGGGAAGCAGGUAUGGGUGAUGUUUGUUCCGGUACCAAAGAAAAUCCAGAGCGAAGAGUACAAGGACGCAGCUCACAAGCUGCGAGCCCAGCAAGAGAUGGUGAAGGCCCCCUCGGAUGCGGCUCUAGACAAGUUGCGGGAGAAGAAGGCUGACGCUGUGAAGACCCUGAUGGAUGCUCUCUUGCUCUAUCAUCAGCUCGAUGCGCCCGCUGCCAAGAAUGACGAAGCUUUGCAGCUGGUCAUCAGCAGACGUGACCUGGUUGAAGCCUUGCAGAGUGAGAAGACAACGAGCAAGGAGAUGGGAACGAUGUGGGAAAAUGACGGCUACCUGUCGGAGACAGGAAUCGACAUUUCGAAUGUCAAGCCGUAUGCCGUUCUCGUCGAGGACCGCGUGGCCUUUGACUAUGCAGGCAACAGCGACCUCCUCAACAACAUGGUCGAUUCGCAUAAAGAAUCGAUUACUGCUCUGAGGAAGGCCGGGAAAGCCACCAGCGAUGCUUCGAAGCAGUGGCUCUCCGGCAAAGGCGCUUUGCGGAAAGCGCAAGAGCUGGAACGCAAGGAGCAUGCGAAAGAGGAGGCGCUGCCGACGGCACGACUGAAGCGAUUGGCAGAAAAGGAUGCCAAGCAGGAGGCAAAAGAACAGGCUCGCGAAGCAGCUCAAAAGACUCAAAAGACAGACAAAGAAAAGAAAGAGAACGUCGCCGCCGCCGGUGAAGGCGACGAAGAUACGAAGCCGACUAAGUCAAAGACGAGCCGGCUUGGGAGGGGAAUGGCUUCGGAACUGACGGACACUGAUCCGGCAGUGCUGCGGAACCGCCUCGACGCAAUCGAGACCCUUGACACCAACGAAGUUGUGAAAGCUUUCGCAUAUGGAGCUCCAGCCCUUGUCAAGACAAAAGCACUCAUCAAGAAGAUUGUGACCCAGGCGCGAGCGGACAAGACCCGCCUACAGCAGCUGGUCGAGGAUGCACCGCUUCCGGAAAAGAUCUCAUUGUCGAGCCAGAUCGAGGCGAUGGAGGAAGAGCUGAAGGAAAGCGGAAAAUCCGAAAUUGAGGCCGUGCGAAGGCAGUUUGGAAACGGAAAGGAUGUGUCCGAUCGCUUGAAAACUUGCUUGGGUGAUGAUGCGAUGGCCAAACUGUCUCAGAUCGUGAUCUCUGAGUGCAGGCAAAAUAGCGUGUAUUCAGGGCUCAACCCCGGCCCUGGCUUGGCAUCCGUCCAAUACCAACACUCGGGUGCUCGAUUGAUCAGCUUCGCAAAUUACGCUGAAUUGGUGGACAUUUUUGAGACAAACACCUACAGCGAUGUUCUUGCACGCUUCAGGAACAUGACUUCGGAGGAAGCAGGUCAGAUGGCAACGCUGAAACAGGCUUCUGUGCGACCAGGAGAGAUGAUUGUGUUAACAGAUGGAAUCCUGUACACCGAGAAAGCGCUCGCCGCACACUCUGUGUCGUUGAAGGUGAGGGAUGACAAAAAUCACGAGAGACGAUACGAGAACAUCGUUUAA